AUGACUAGCGUGCCAUUUCAGGUAGAUGACGUCAACGGGUUUGACGACUCGGUUGUGGAGAACUUCCUACAGCGCAUCGAGAGGCACAACAUCAAGAGGGAGGAUUUGGACGUGACAAACAUCUACGGCUACAUCCACCUGUACGACUCGGUGAAGCUGUACGCGCUGGCGGUCAGGCAGACGCUCAAUGAGACUGGAAACCCGGCGUUCGUCACGAACGGCGAGUACAUUUGGAACAAGAUGCGCCGGAUGAGCUUUGAAGGCGUCAUCUCGUUGGCGGGCACUGCCGGCAGUGAGGCUUCGAUCGGCACGGUGCUGAUGGACGAUCUGGCCGAUCGCGCGCCGAUUUUCGCCGCAUUUUAUAUCUCGCCGACCAGAGAAAAAGUGGUGAAGAUUGUCAACAUGGAGUCGCAGUUGCUGGCGAAUUGUGAUGGGCUCAAGAAUCGGAGCGGAUGUUUUGUUUUGAAACUAAGCGACGUGUCUUCCGGGUUCUGGCCAAGCACCGACGGACACAUGCCGUUGGAUGAGCCGUUAUGCGGGUAUCGGGGUCAGCGAUGCUCUUAUUACCUCGAAAUCACUAUCGGAGCGGUGUGUAUCGUGAUUUUGGCGGCGUCCUGCUCUGGAUACUGCGUUUACAAAUAUUGGGAGCAGCGUCAGCUGAACAAAAUGCCCUGGCGCGUCUUCCACGACGACCUGAAUUUCAUCGACGAGGAUCAGGUCAAGAGUAUGAUGUCGAUCAGUUCUCAAAAUACGAAAAUCUCGAAUAUGUCGACCGGACAGAAGAAGCACGUGAUAAUUGGGGUGAACACGCAUGCAACGUAUCAUCGCUACACACAACGCCGCCCGAUCAAAUUCGUCAACGAGGACUUGCAGCUGUUGACCCAGAUGAAGCAAUGCGUGCACGACAACAUCAACCCGUUCCUCGGGAUGGCGUUCAACGAAAAGGAGGAGAUGUUGGUGCUGUGGAAGUUCUGCUCGCGCGGUACUGUGCAGGACAUCAUCUACAACAAGAGCAUCACCGUCGACGAGAAAUUCCAUGCGGCUUUCGUGCGCGACAUCACGCUGGGCCUGGAAUACCUGCACGCCAGUCCGAUUGGAUACCACGGCUCGUUGACACCGUGGUGUUGUCUGAUCGACCGGAAUUGGAUGGUGAAAGUGUCCGAUUUCGGCAUUGCCAACCCGUUGGAGAGGUGGGAAAAGCAGGGCGCGAUCUACGUGGAUUCGGCCGCCGACGAGAAUGAUCGCAGCCAGGCCGCCCAGACGACCAGCAUUCUGUACCAGCCACCGGAAAUGCUGAAAAACCGUGAAGCCAACAAACGGCGGGGAAUGGAUCAGCAAUGGUUGAAGCAGACGCUGAGUCGUCGCCAGGCCGGCGACAUCUACUCGUUCGGGAUGGUGAUGUACGAGAUUUUGUUCCGGUCGUUGCCCUACCGUGACCACACUGAUAUUAAUGCGCUUUGCGCCGGGAUCCAGGAGGGCGGUCGGGUGCCGUCUCCGCAGAUUCAAGACGAGCUGGGAUGUCAUCCGGAUUUGUGUGCAUUGCUGAGGGACUGCUGGUCAGAAAACCCGGAGAUCCGGCCGAGUAUCCGGCGAGUACGGCUCAAUACGGAAUCCGUGCUAAAAACCAAGGGAUCGUUGGUGGAUCAGAUGAUGCGGUUGAUGGAGCAGUACGCGAACAACCUGGAAAAAAUUGUGAAGGAGAGAACAGGAAUGUUGGAAGAAGCGAACAUUCGAGCCGACAAGCUUCUCACCCAACUCCUGCCAAAGUACGUCUCGAACGAGCUGAAAAUGGGCCGCGCCGUCCCGCCGAAGCUCUUCAACUCGGCUACUGUGCUUUUUUCGGAUAUCGUUGGUUUCACCACCCUGUGCUCCUCGUCGACCCCGCUCGAGGUGGUGAACAUGCUCAACGGGCUGUACACCGGUUUUGACGAGUGUAUCACGAAGAAUGAAGGAUAUAAGGUGGAGACGAUCGGCGACGCGUACAUGGUAGUUUCCGGAAUUCCCGAGGAAAACGGCGUCAACCAUAUCAAGCACAUUGCCAAUAUCGCCCUGGAUAUGCGCGAGUACCUAACGACGUUCGAAAUCCCGCAUCGACGCAACCAACGGAUCAAAUGCCGUUGGGGAUUCCACACGGGACCCGUGGCCACCGGUGUCGUCGGUCAGACGGCGCCUAGAUACUGUCUGUUUGGCGAUACGGUGAAUACGGCGUCGCGGAUGGAGUCGUCGGGGAUGCCGGGAAUGAUACAGUGCUCCAAGGAGGCCCACAGCUUCAUGCAGGCCAACUUCGACACGUUCAGGACGUCGGAACGUGGCGAGAUCGAGAUCAAGGGCAAGGGCCCGGCGGUAACGUAUUGGCUGGAGGGACGUAUCGAGGCGCCGGCGCAGCCGAAAUUUGACAAUCUUGGUUUU